AUGCGGGAGGAAGCUGCUGCUAUAUCCACUAAGGUGUAUUAUUAUUUGGACGACAGUACUCCAUAUUUAUCUGUAGUGCCCGUUGCAGAUGAUGCCAUUACGCUUGGUGAUUUUAAGAAAGUUUUUAACAAGAAAGGGUACAAGUAUUUUUGCAAACAGCUGGACGAAGCAGUUGGAUGUGAAGUAAAAGUAGAAAUCCGAGAUGAUUCGACGAAAUUGGUUAAAUCAGCAAAUGGACUCAUCGAAUUGGUUCUUCUUUCCUCAUCCGAUAACGUUCACUGUUCAGGAACAUUACCAAGAGUAUCUAACAAAACAAACAAAGGACAACUCACUGGUGCUAAGUUGAAGGAUUUCAAUUUGAGAAAACGAAGGUCUUUGCAUGAUCUAGCUAGUGAAAAUCGUGAUUUGUUGCGUAUACAUCGGAACAAAAGUGAUGAAAACAGCAUCACGGCAAGCAGUUUGUCGACAGUGAUUAGUAAAAGAGCUGGUGAAGGUUUGGCAGAAUUGUAUGCAUCAAAUUCAGAAGAUCCAUACCAUCUAGAAGAUGUGAAUUCAAGAUAUUUCAAACAUCCUGGUGCUUGUGCACCAGUCUUUCCUGCUUCACCGCUUGCUAGUCCCAGUGGGGUACUUCCGUGUCCUCGCCGUCAAAGACGUCCCCGCAAAGAAAGAUAUCGAAAAGCUUAUGUACCAAGCACAAUUUCGUCAGUAACUGAAAGCAGUAUGACUUCUCUUUCACUUCCUCGAAUCGAUGUUAUAACGCUACCAAUGAAAAAUGGAGUUUUCUUGGGAAUUUCUGUACUAAGUCACGAUGGUGGCAUUUUUGUUAGUGAUGUUCACAGUGGUGGAAUAGUUGAUUUGGAUGGUCGGAUUGAAGUUGGUGAUCAAAUUGUGCAAGUGAAUCGAAGUUCAUUCGAAAAUUUAAGCGAUGUUGAAGCGGUUGAUUUAUUGCGUAAAGCAGCAGCUAGUCGAAAGCCAAUCACACUUUAUGUUGCCAAAAGGACGUGCAAUAAUUCAGAUAAGCGAGCAGAUAUACUCUCAGGGAUUGCUUCGGAAACGAUGCCCAUAGAUAUAUCACUUUGGGUGGAGAGCACUAAACACAAUAUUGUGCGACCACCGAAAGGUCUUGAGGAGAUGGUUUCGGUCAAUGAUGGUGACGCUACGCUUGUCGCUGAGGAAGCUGAAACUGAUCUAGAAGGUGCUUAUGCAGAGCGACGAAACGGACAUAUUCCAAGCAUUCAGAAUUGUGUGAAAUUGAAGCAAUUGAAUCCACCCGACUUAAAUACUUCAUUGAAUAUUGAGGAUAUUGCAAGACGACGAGAAAAUGAAGAAAAUGAACAGCAAUUGGAUAACCUAAAUGUUGAUAUGGAUCCGGUGAUCAUUCUAAAGUAUAUGGCUUUACCUAGUUCAGGGCUGCAAAUAAAGAAUCGAAAAUGGCUGAAAAUUCCUGUGCCGAUGUCUUUCAUUGGCUGUGACCUUGUUGAUUGGUUGAUGGAACACGUACACGGUAUUACGGAUCGUAAAGCAGCGCGUAUCUAUGCAUCAAAGCUCUUAGCAGAGGGACAUAUUAGACACGUUGUUAAUAAACUUACAUUUACGGAGAAGUGCUAUUAUAUUUUUGAAGAUUCAAUACUUUCUGUUCGUAACAAAAAUAAAUCGGAUUCUUCGUUGGGUAAAGCCGGUGCUGAAGUUACUACCGAGGUGACCUAUGUUGGUUCACCAGCACCAGCACAUCUAUCUCGUACUAGUGCACGAAAUACACUUGGUGGAAAAGCUAUAUUUGAUCAGUCUUGGCCUCACUUAACGAUCACAUCAAGCGAGCAGCGAAAAAGUUUUUGCGGCAGCUCAACGAAUGACUAUGCAUCGGUCAUGGGUCCAGACAUGAUUGAUUCUACACUUCUUACUGAGGCACCAACACUAAAGCUGUCACACCGUACACUUCCCAAUCGUUUGGAUAUGGAACAACGAAUUAAUGGAUGUGAGGUUGCUCAACCACCAAAUACACCAAAUUCACUGCUGCAUGAACAAAGGAAUGCUGACAGCGAAACUGAGUUUGAAACAGUUGAGGAUAACAAAUUUUUGGUGAUACAAAAAUAA